GGAUUUAAGUCUGUUCUCCGCGCUGUUUGGCGGCUUCACUUGGAAAAAUAGUUUGGGCGUCAUUGAGCUUUUAGCUGAGCAGAUCAAUUAACAGGUUUUAGUCUUUAAUCCAGAACAAAGGUUUUCUGCAAUGAAAUCACUCACUGAAGCGCGGUGAGUCAGUUAGCGUUGAAGCUCAUGAGCAGGAAGACAAGUUUAGAUUAGCGUCUGGAAGUAGUAGUUCGGCGAACUUUAUCUUGUGUUAUGUUAAGUGCGAGUGUUUAGGUCGCAGGGCGAAUCUGCAACCUGUUGUAUCAUAAACCAGUAAACAGACCGGAGAAUAUCUCACUCUUUAAUUUCACUUCAAUACUGCACUAUGGUGGAGAUUUUCUCUGGCCGAUCGCUUUUCAAUAAGGACGGGGAUAUAGUAGACCCUGAAGAUGCUCUGCGAAACAAAGUGGUUGGUCUUUAUUUCUCCGCCGGCUGGUGUCCUCCUUGCAGAGAUUUCACGCCAAUUCUGUGCGACUUCUACACGGAACUGGUGGAAGAGUCUGAUCCUCCUGCCCAGUUUGAGAUUGUGUUCAUCUCGGCGGAUAAGAAUCCCGAAGACAUGGUGGAGUAUAUGCACGAGAUGCAUGGAGACUGGCUAGCACUGCCCUGGAAUGAUCCUUUUAAAAAUGAUUUGCAGAAGAGGUACAACAUCACAGCCUUCCCAAAGCUGGUCAUCGUGAAGGAGAAUGGGGAGGUCAUCACUGAUAAAGGCCGAAAACAAAUCCGAGAACAAGGACUAGCCUGUUUCAGAAACUGGUUGGAAGUGGCAGAAAUAUUUCAAAACUUUCCUGGUUAAAAUGUUAUAGACAUAAAUGCCGGGAAUUUUUACUUUUUUGUUUUGUUUUAAAACAUUUAUUUUAUUACAAUAGACUGCUAUGCAAAUAUUUAAUAUGAUGUAUAGUUUUAUUAAUCUUGCUAUUUAUUAAGGAUUGUAAGAAUUAUAUUUUAAAGUUAAUUUUGUAUUUAUUUGUUAUGAGACGUCGAAAGCUCUAAAAUACACAAAAAAAUCCACUAUUUUCUUAAUCUUGCUAUCUGUCACAACUCUGUAAACAUCAUGCUAGAGAAUACUGCAUAUAUUAAGGCCUCCUAAGUAAAAGAGUGUAGCUUAGAUGGUCCCCUGUUUGAGAAAACUUCCAGAAUUACUAUAUGUUUGACUGUCCUUUUAAAUAUUAACCACUUAUAAUUCUUUACAUAUUUGCAUAAAAAGUGAAGGCUUUUUGCCAUGUUCAGACUGUCUAUUGUCUUUGCCAAAAGGAAAUCUGUAGUUAAUUAUUUUUGGCUAGAGGGGUUUAGCUUUUACUUUAUUUAACAUACCUUUCUUUCAAGUUUAUUCUCACAUGUACAUAGUACAAUGAAAUUCAUACUUGCACGUCUACCACAGGCUAAUGGCAAUAGCAUAGCAGUGAAAGAUAGAAGACAAUCAACGCAAUAUCUUGCAUUGAGUUCAGUAUACACAGUAUGCACAAGAAGCUUAUGGCCUGUGGAUAAAAACUGCUACUGAAUCUUUGUCUGUAUAUAAAGAGUGCAUGAAGUAAGCUGAUUUGUUUUCUAAUAAAAAAAAUAAUUUUAGCAUUUUACUCCUUUCUUGUUUAUAGUGAAUGGUGACAUGUUGGUCAAACAUGCAAGUAAGAAUUUCACUGUACUCUGUACACCUGUCACUCUUAGUAUUUCUGGAGGAGUAUUUUAUCAUUAUGUUUCUUUUUUAUGGCUAGUCCAUUUAAGCUUUCUUUAGACAUUGGAGAUGACUUCUUAAAUCUUCAGGUAUUGCUUUAAGGAGCACUGCAAGGAAGAAAGCUGAAUUCAACAGCUUUAAAUAUCUAGUAAAACAUAACUAAGGAAAUGUUUCCUCCUGUAAUCACCCACCAUUGUGCAGUAUACCUGUGGCAAAGAUCUGCCUUUGAGUUACUUCCAGACUAUGCAAUAACAUUAAAAAAAGAAGUGUACGUAAAAUCACCCCAUCAAACGUUUUAUGUUAGGCAACUGGAUUCUGGACUGGAUAAGUUGGUUUAAAGAUAAAUAGAUGGAUGUUCAUAAAAUCAUGUCAUGCAUCCAUCUUACAUUUUUAGGCCAAGACCAUGGAGUUAAUGUCUGUAGUAUGUUACUUAAUGCCAGAGGGGAAAAAAAAAACCUACAUAAAGUAAAUUCUUGCAAUGAAGUAAGUAAAUGUGCUGUGGGGAAAUGUGUUGGACUCUGGGGUUUUUUUUUGUUUUUUUUUUUUAAUUUGUUUGCCCAGUUGACUGGAUCCAGUACAUAACCCAGUAAUUGUGGGCUCAAACCAGCAGCAGAUGGGUUUGCCAGUCCAGCUCAGAAAGUGUAUUCCAUAUCUUCCAAAGUAAAUACUGUAAGUAAUAUCACUGACCUUUCAUAAUGUGGGUUUAUUGAUUAAUGAUUGUAAUUCAAUAAAAUAAAACCAAUUAGUCUUA